UAAGAUAGCGACAACGGUGGCCUACGAAGCGCAAGAAAUUGAAUCCCUCAGAAGGAAAGGUGUGGCAGCAAGUGCUUCUUUUCUUUACUUUUCCCGUCCAACUUAUUAGCAAGAGGGGGUGAAAAAACGAAUUAAUUCGAAGCCGCACACAGUAUUUACGAAGCCGGUAAGAGCUUCGGAGUUGAAGUACGGGCGUCUGUUCUUUUCCAAGUGUUACUCUCGCGACCAGCAGAUCUGGACCACAUAUUUUCAAGUGGCAAAUCGUGUGCCGCUCUAAUCAAAACGCGACGACGAUACUCGUAAAGUGCGCGGAGUGAAAUCUGGUUUGCUUGCAGCACGACCGCGACCGAGAGGAAAUAUUUUUACCGUUGAUGUGAGGGCCCCAAAAAAUCUGCGAAAUUUUACCAGAUAACUGCAGUUGCGUCGUGAUUCUGGCCGCCGAAGGGUCGUCGGAAAGUGAAAGCGUGUUUCGGGUUUUGCAAAGUUGUGUAUCUUGUUUGUCAUUGUUUGUGCAAAGUAGCUGUCAGUCGAAGCAAGCGACGUCGAAUAAAUACCGUGGCGUUGCAAUGGCAACUGCGUUUUUUGCGACGGUGCGCAAAGUGACCGGAUAGGAACUCGGAAUAAUAGGCAAAUUGCGCAUACACUGAUGUGUAUGAGUGUGUCAAGCAGCCGCCACUGCUAGAGAAUAUUGUUUUGUUUUAUUUGCGCGCCCGUCCGGUGAAGCACAAUUUAUAUUGCAUACAUAUGUUUUCGUAAUUUAGCCGCACGUCAAACUCUCUCUAUCCCUCUCUCCCUCUCACUCACUCACUCACUCUAACUAACACGCGCGACGCGACGCUAUUCUAAGUCGCUACUUUCAAUUAGUGUUCGCGUAUCAAUUGCGAAUGGAGGUGCCCCGUUUUACAAUCCGGCGACGAGUGGACGACAGUUGCCCAAGACGAUUUGCACAUUGAUUAGGACGGAAAUCUUCGAAUCGGGAGCGGCGACAACCAUGAAAUGCUCUUCGUGUGUCAGCAGCAGUCGACCAAAAAGUGACGACGAAGAAGCCAGUCCCAGCGAAGCGAUGGACAGGGAUAGUGAAGAGUACCGUGUUGAAUCCCCACCGGCCAUCCCGAAACGUCCCUCCACCACAAAUAUCACCGCCAAAGUCCAGCCAAUGGUAACGAUUGUCGAAGUAACAUCCGAUGAAAAUCACAGCCCAAGUCCGAGCAGUAGCGGCCACCAUCUACGCCCGUUGGACAUAAUUACCGAGGAGACCAGUGACGUAAGUGACACGGAAAACCGUCCACCUUCUCCCAAGCCCGACUUGUGCUUCCCGCGGCCCAAACCCCGUUUCAAGAAAAACAACAUACCCCGAAAAACGAAACUAGAUAACAACUACCUUCAAGGCAAACAGGAACCGACGGUAUGUGUGCUGGUCGAUGCCAAAAUACAGGAAACCUCGCCGAUUGAUGAGUACCGUAGCAUCUGCACCACCGAAACCGUUCCGGAAGAAAUUCUCGAAGUUGAAAUCAUCGAUCUUGGUUCGAACUCAAGCAGCCUAGCGGAUUUGACAGAUGACGGUGCCUUUGAUGAACCCGCCUGCUUAGUUUCCAGCAGCAACGACACUCACGAUUCUGACACGGACGCGAUAAACAACAAUGACCAGCAGUUGGGCAGCAGUGACGCCAUCCACGACACUCGUGAGCAGCCGCAAUCGAUUCCGCAGCUUGAUAAUGGCAAUGAUAAUGAACCGAUUGAAUCGGCACCGGUGCUUUUUUCCCCUAAACAACAAAUACCAGAAGAAGAAGAAGAAGAAGAAGUGCACGAUGAAGACGUCUUGAGUGAAGAGGAUAACAACGGGUACGGUGAGAGCGACGUCGUCGUGAGUGGAAACAGCAAAACUUUCACGCAGUCGCCGUUGAGCACGAACGCAGCUACGCAAAAUCUGAAUGAUUUUGUUGUUGUUGAUGAUGAUGAUGAUGAUGGCGAUGAUGAUGAUGAGCAUCCCAUCAGCGAACGCACGGAAUCGGAUCGGGACGACGAUGGCCGGAGUAGUCUUCUCGCGGAUGUUGAUCGUGCUAGCAUCGUGACGCAGUGUGACCAACGAAAUGUCAGUGAGGUGAAAGGUUGUACCGACAACGAAGAAAACGACGACGACGACGACGUUGACACGAGUACGAGUUCAAUUGAGUGUUGUGUGGUGACUCAUCAAUCGAUGAUCGGGGAUUCCGGGGGCCAAUCCGACGAGAUGGUAGAACAAAACGUUGAGCAAGUGGUGCGACCUAUGGUUCCGAUUCCGCUACCACCGCCACCUGCUGCCGAAACGACGACGACGACGACGGCGGCGUCGGUGUCUGUGCGCAGUGAGUUGCAUUCAACGCCACCACCACCACCGCCAGUGACUAAUCUGGGUCAGGAAGUACACGAAGGCCUACGGUACGAAAAUGCUCAAAUUUAUAGUGGCAGUGAUACUGGUCAAAUUGAUCCUUCAGAUGCUGAUCAGAAUAGUGCGGAAGCUGGUGUCGAUGCAGUAGAAAACGUGGAUGAGUCAAGUGUUCUGUUGAAAAUUUUGAAACCGUCGCCACCACCACCGUCAUCAGCGCUUGCGGAGGCCAGUGUGGAAAAUCGUCCCACUUUCGCCGGCCAGAGCUGCCCAGCAGUCGAACCAAACGGUCACAGUGCGGUGGGGACAAAAAUAGAACGCACGGUAAAAAGUGAACAGUUGAGUUAUGAAAUCGUUCAAGAUCAGCGUGUUUUGAGGAAGGAAACUGUUUUUAGCACUAGCGGCGGCGGCGGCGGCGUUGGAGGUGGGGAGGUGAUUUUGCGGCGCAGUGGAAACAACCGGACGGACGAAUCCACGGCUGGCAAAGAACCAUCACCGGAACAGAAAGCGGCACUGGUGCUUGACCUGCGUAACGAAUUGAGUCGCAUUAAGGACGCCGAACUGCAGGAAGAAUUUCGCAAGCUCGAACUCGAGGCGGCUCGUUUCGGGGAGGAACUUGAUAAAAUGGCCGUGGUGCAACCGCCGCAAACCGACAACCUAACAUAUUACGUGUCCAAACAGAAUGACUUUGCUGUGGAACGGCCAACUCCUCCCCGACAGAAACCACCUGCCAUGGCCAAAUCCUCCAACGAUCAACUGUACAAUGAAUGGCAGCAGCGGAUGGAAGAACGAGAGGCUCGUCGGUUGCACAAAGUCAUCAAAAUAUCAUCCUCAAACGAAUAUUCUAACGGAACGGACUCCAUUGCCCUUCCGGCUGCACCGACGGGGACUGCCACUUGUUCCGAUGAUCCCGACCUAGGCGAUGAAUUCCUUCGGAAAGUGAAGGAACGUCGUCGAAAGUUUACGAUUCCCGGUGGGGGGGACAGUGACUAUGACAGCAGUGCUCCGAACAGUGUUCCCGGAACUCCCGUCGCUAGCCGGAAACCAAUUCCGAAACAUAUCGAAGCAGAAUUUGCCGAGUUUGCGGAAAUACGAAAACGUCAACAGGCGGCAGGACGCGAUGAGGACAACCACCGAGCGCCGAUGAAAACGACGACGACGACGCCGACGACGCCACCGGAAGAACCAGAAGCGAAGGGCGUUGAGAGUCAUCAGCUUCGUUCGCGUCAGAACAUAAAUCAUGCGGAAAACUUCCGCCGGCAGCAUCAGCAGACGCCGGUAGCAGAGCAGACCCCACCAACCAGUGCUCCCAGUGAUAACGGGGAAAGUGUCAAAGUGAGUGCUCUGAUUGAAGUUCAUCAGCAGAAACAGCGUGAACUAUUGCGUCAAGACAGCUAUAAAGCGGCUAUCCGCAGUGGUCCCAGUUCGGUGGAAAAUUUAGGUGUUGAUAGCGGAACCGAACCGGAUGCCGCCCCGGUCAGUGUCAGUGCCAAGUGUCAAGAGUUCGAACGUAGACUUCAACGUAGUGCUAGUAGCGAUGGUCGCAAGCCGAUCAAACCUACAACAUCAGCCUCAACCCCAUCGGUGUCUUCGUCGACCAGCUUCAAAGUCAGUGUUGCCAGCAAUGUGCCUCCCUCGCCUCCACCUCCGGCGACGGUUUCCGUAACAUCCGCCAGCAAUCGCAUCGAAUCCCAGCAGCAGUCGUUCAAGAUUGCACCCAAAUUCAAGGCCCGUGCCACCGGAUCAGGCGUCUGGUCACCGCAUAAUCGGUCCACGGAAAUUCUCACCAAAGCAGAACUAGCUGAGCGAAGUAAAGACAGCAGCAAAUCGACGGAACCACUGCAACCCGUUUGGACACCCCGCAGCGCACCGCCAUCCCCCGUCAGCGAACGGCGAGAAUUCCGUCCGAUCGGGUUCGAAUCUCCCACACCGCAACGUCGGAAUCUAUCGGCAACUCCAUCGUCACGAGCCGAAACACCGCAAAUAUCGGCACCCUGGACCACUGCUCCCGGCUACGAUAAACCGGUACAAUUUACUAGCAAUCCACCGACCACUCGACCGGAACCGGCCACAUUCGCAGAACCACGGCGGCAUCUGCAGAAUUCCAACUCACUGCCAACCAUCGGAUCGACGACGACGACGACGACAACGACGAGGGACGGUGGCAACACUCCAACUCAUUCGGUCCGUUUUGCCCCGGAACCACGGCAAACAACGGAUAGUCCAACCAUCAAUACGCUGCUCAAGAGCAAAGAUGGUAGAAUCAGCCAGCAGCUGGUGAACACCUACGAAUCCAGCAACCAGUCCAAUGUCUACCAGUCAUCGGCCAGUCGAACAACCGGCAGUACGGCAAGAAACCAACAAACAUACCAACGGAGCAGCAGCGGAACCCGGCUGGGACGGGGUCCUGAAAUAAGUCAGCAGCCCGUUCGGGUCGACUAUUACAGUGAACCGGAGGUGGACAUCCCAGUAACGGUGCGGCGACCGGCCGCCAUGGCACAGUUGUCUCCGAAGAAGAUCGACGGGAUCGGUCCGACGACGCGGGAAGGAAUGCCACUGACACUGAGAUCGGAAGUGGACGAAAACAAUCAAGCCAAAUGGUACAAAAAGAUGUACCAAACUCUGCACAAAGCACAGAAUGACGAUGACUUCGUGACCGUACGAUACAAAACACGUCGAGGCAACUACCCGUACAAAUCUGCCGGCUAUCAAUCGGAACCGGAACCGAACUACGACUCAGACUACACGAUCAAAUAUAGCACCCUGGAUCGGAGACGAACCCCGACCUCGUUGAAUCCCAACAGUUACUCACGAUUCAACACACUACAAGGAGCUGCCAUCCGAUCCGGUGCUUCGCAGUACAAAAAUCAACCCGGCCGGAUAGAAAAUUACGUUCCCGGCCGUUCGUCAAUCUCGGAGAAAGAAUCCAAAGAGUGGUGGGACGAAGUAAUGGAAAUCUUCAACGGGCAAUUGGAACAACAGAAGCUGAGCACGAGUAAAACCUACACCGAAGGAAAUUUGUCCAGAGCCCUCAAGGAUCAAGGCUACGACAGCGAUACGACGCUAAUCUUCCGCAAGAAAGAACCCCCGAGCAGUUCCGCUCUCAGUCCAAUCGAGCAGAAGCAGUUCUACAAGAAUAUGCAGGCAGGCGGGGAAAUACCGGUACAAGGAUUCCGUAAACCUGCACCCGAAAAGCCCAAAGAUGGCGACACCGAGCUGCAGGUUCAAAUUCAAGAAGUGAUACAAGAGGCACUUCCUACGCUGGUGACAAACCCAUUCCUAAUUCCACCGCAGAAGAUCACCUGUUAUCCCAUUACCAGUAUCACACGCCCUUUGGAUAUGUUCGGUUCGUUCCCGAAAGAACCUAAAUCGUUUGUUCCGGUGGCGCCACCUGCUCCACCCAAUAGGAAAUCCUCUCGUAGCAACUCGACACUACGCAUCAUGUCCCAGAUCAAAACGAAAAAUUAUGACAAGAAAACCGUAGUGGAAGCAAGCAGUUGUAGCAGUUCUGGAAGCCGAACUCUUCGGAAGAUCGAUCAGUACCGAUCCAAAUCAGCCGGUCCGGUCUUCGCCACAUCCUACGUAGCUUCUUCCAUCAAGGAGGAAAAGAACUUGGAGAACAGCACACGAGUGGCGAAACGGUACACUUACCGAGCUAACUCUAGCAGUCCGGUUCGCAAGUCAACUCCCAGUCCGGUCGCUUUUGGCAGAGGAAUAUCCAAAGAAAGAACGUUUGCGGAGGAAAAGAAACGACUCGAGGAAAAGCUACCCAAAGUGUGCCGCAAAGAUGUAACCGUUUCCACGAGCAUCCUUCGCAAUCCGGACCUUAAAUCACCGAACGAAGUGAAGAAAGCUCUACGCAGCUCGUACCUUCCGAUGGUUAUCGACAAACCGGAAAAACUUUCCACCACUUCAAGAGCACUGCGUAAAAUAUCGUCCAAUUUUAAAAGCGCCUCAAGCGUAUACUCCUCCAAACAGAGUCUAAACAAAGCCAGCACGUUUUCCACUGCCCCGAAGAAAGAAGACAAAGCACUAAAAGUCACCGUUGCCAUAUCGUCUCGUGGGAAAGAACUACUGCGAACCUCUGCGACCACUGCAAAACCUCAAAAAACAAAAGGCAAAUCUUCCCCAACCGUAACGAUCAAAUCCAACAUUCAGAAAGUGACCAAAAGCCUCGGUCUCCGUUCGAAAGCGCCCUCGACUCAAAGCCUAGCCCGUACCAGUUCGACCUAUUCGAUCGAUUCCACCAACUCCAAACGGAAAUCCCGCGCAACAUUCAUACCGGCAACUAUCAGCUCUAGGAAAUCAACCAAUCCCACCAAAACUAGCCGAAAAUCCAACAUCCGGGAUCCGGGUACACUCGUAGAAAGCUACAACGAGCACAUUGUCCAACAGAACGAUAUUGUCCGUACGAGUUCUUUUUUCCAGAAUCUAUUCCUGAGGAAUGCCUCACCGACUCCUCCAAUGGGCGGCUCAGGACCGGAUCCACCUCAAGCUUGCAGUGUGCGCGAAAAGGCUCGCUUGUGGAACAACUUCUCGGCCAAAUCCGAACCCUUGCUGAAACAACCGAACUACUAUCUUACCCAGGUGAAACCCGUAUCGUUGUCGAAGUUCAAAACCAUGGACUCCGAGUACGGCACGUACCAUCAUCGUACAGGCGAAGUGAUCGAACAGAUCCAACGAUAUGAAUCGUUAUUGCAGCUGACCGAUGAGGAAGAAGAAUUUGGCUAUCUCCGAGGUCGUAGCAGCAUGAAGAUAGACUACAGCUAUCACGAACGCAGCAAGAGUGAACCCCCGGUGCAAACCGUUAUGGCCGAGGUUGUCACUCAGGAUGCCCCACGCACUAUUCUCGGUCGGAAGUCGAUCGAGUAUUCGCACGCGACUAAGCGGUCAUCUCGCUCGCCUUCCUGUAGAAGAAUUCAACAGUUCAAAGGGGAAGGCAACGUGAAGAAGAUCGUUCGAGCACGUAGUCUGAGUACGACAGAUCGGUGCGUAUCCCCAUCGGAUGCGUUAGUACGAAGCCGAUCGUUGAACCUCACCAGCUACGAAAGACAUAUUCCCAUCUGUAGACAUAGGCGGUCCGACCGGUUUCAAGAUUUGAACGAUUUCUACAGUAGCCUAGAGCGGUUGGGUCAGCUGGAGAAAGCUACCUCAUCGACCGAUCUUCGGCCGCGUCGUCGCGAUGAAGAUAUCAUUGAUUUUGACUUGUGGAAAAAGGUGCGCAAUCACGAGAAGGCGGAGCGCGAGAUGAAUCAACUGCUGCACAAGCUGAAGCAAGAUCAGAGGGAGAAGGAUUUACUCUUCCUACCGCACGAUCCAGAUGAGGUACGCUGGAACAGUGAUCUCGAUCCGGGAUUACGGAAUAAGGAAAAAUCGGUGGAAGAUUUGAAAGGGGAGCUUAGCAAGAAGGUACUACAUUUCGAGGAAUUCACUAAGCGAGAAUUGGAUACCCGAAAGGAUCACUACAAACCUCUGUGGCGAGGAUCAUCGGUGAUUGAUGUGGCAACUCAGAUGGCCGAGAAGUACUCGGGCGAUGUGGGAAGAAAGAAUGAAUUUCUGUCGUUAGAUACGGAGAAGUCCUACGGAAUCAGUACCAAUUUGCUAAGCACUUUGUCCAGUGAUCAAAUGAAAAGACUAAAAAGUCAACUUAGCGAGAUCUACAGCAACCGAGAGGAACUAACAACGGUGACGGGUGCGGAGAAGUAUGUUAUCAACGUACCACCGGAUCGUACUAAAUCAGUGCCGAGUACGCUGAAGGUUCGUAGCCACUCGGUACUGACUAAGGAACAGGUGAAUGAAGCACAGUUCAAGCCUACAUUGGAGAAGGAAAGUAAAGUUGCUCAGCUUCAAAAAACGUUUGAACAGAAGAACAGACAAGAUGCUCUCUGUGAAGAGUUGAAAAACAAAAUAAAAGAAAAACACGCCAGUCACACCCUACCGAGCAUGAAGAAAAAGGAACGGCCGACAAUUUUGUCACCCAAGGCGGAAUAUUUUUCGCUAGAAACUGAGUACCGAAAAUUUCCCGGUGGAGAGAAAUCCGAACAGAUUAGAGAGGAAAUUGUUAUGAGGAAAACAAAACCAGCAGUAGACAGAGAAAGACCGCACUCGUACUGCGAAACGGAGAGUGUCUCUUCGGAAACUUCCAAUAGAACAGUUAUCUAUCGAAACACGAGUGAUGACGUUAAAACCAAGAUCAAAUAUUUCGAAGAAAGACGUAAAGAGGAAGUGCCGCCGGUUACCGUCUAUCAUGCGAGAGAAUCCUCUACGGACGAAGAUGAUGCAUCCAAAAUGUUGGAAGAAAGAACCUCACAAAAAGUAUCUCCUCUGCCAAACUCACAAUCCUACACCGAUUUGAAGGAUUUGUUCGGUGAAAAAUCAACCGCAAGUUACUCCUACAGUUAUCAGGAGGAUAAACGAUUGCCAAAAAACUUCAUACUCCGUUCCCGUAGUUCCACUCCGGAGUACGCGACCUGCAUCCAAACGGGAGAGGUUAAAAAGAUCAAGGAUAAGUUUGAGAGCUUGGAUGUGAACAUUUGGAAACAAUCGGUUGGAGACACCAGCCCGCGUCAGUACCAAAGCGAUUCCGAAUUGAACAGACCGUUCGGAGAGUGUCAGAAGAUGAAAGGUGGGAAAAAAAUUAAAGUAAAACAUCACGAAACGGGAGACGUAUCGAGAAUGACCCACAAGUACGAGGUGCAAUCGCGAGCACGAAGCCGAAAACGAAAGGAACGAGCUAAUUCACCGAUCCCAAAAAAUCCAUUUCGCAAAGAUGACCGAUUUAUGCCGCAUAUCAACGUGAUUAGCAAGACGGCAGCCUUGAAACAGGAAAUCAAAAGUACUCCGCAGCGGGAGCGAUCGGCCAGUGGCUACAGUAGCGGAGCAGAGGUCGAGAAAAUCAAAAGUAAGUUCGAAACAGCUGAGAAUCUGUCGAUUUUGGCCCACCAGUUUCCCAAGCCCACGGACAAUGCACGCUCGAUAACUGCACCAGACCAGUCACCUCCGGGACAGAAACCAGGUCGUCGGGGUAACAAACUGAGGUCUAGUUCAACCUCACCGCCACGACAUAAGGGCAAGCAGGAGGGCACUGCUUUCCUGAAACAGUUCUACGACAUCUUCGCAGACCAGAAGUUCGAUCCGAGCAUCCACCGACCAAAGUACCGUUACGUUCCUGACCGCCAGCUAGACGCGGAAUAUCUCUGGAAGAAGAUCCAGAAAAUGACCAACGGAAGUUGCACCAAGGCUUCCGUCACCUUUGAAGAAUAUAGUAGCGUGCCUCCACCGCCUCCCCCGAAAGGAACUCAACUGCCCAACUCCUACUCCCCGUAUUCGAAGAGCUCGAACGAACCAGAGUCUCCACGUCGCUACGUCGAGAGCGAUGUAAACAUCCACUACAAAACCCCGAUCCGAUACGAGUACAAGGAAGCCAUUCCGGACGAUGAGCUGGCGUACCGACAGGCGGAACACAUGCGUCGUGUUUACCAGGAGGAACGCCGGCGAAAGUACAUGCACGAACUGGAGGACCUCCAGAGCCGUCGGCACACGGACAACUUUGCACCGUCUCAGAAAUCACCGAUCCCGCUGAACCGCUACGAUGACUUUGAUGCCGAUCUGUCGCCGAAACCACCCAACACGCUACCCCGGACGAUCGCCCGGGCACUGUACAACUUUCAAGGACAGACUGCCAGAGAACUCUCCUUCAAGAAAGGUGAUAUCAUCUAUCUGCGGCGUCAGAUCGACAAGAAUUGGUAUGAAGGCGAACACAACGCGAUGGUUGGGUUAUUGCCAGCGAACUACAUUGAAAUCCUCCCCAGGGACGGUGCCAAACCCUUACCGAAGAAACCCCAACGAGAAGGCAAAGCCCGGGCAAAGUUCAACUUUACUGCGCAAACCUCGGUCGAAUUGUCGCUGAUGAAAGGGGAACUUGUCACGUUAACUCGGCGCGUCGAUGAUAACUGGUUUGAAGGACGGAUCGGCAACAAAAAAGGAAUUUUCCCUGUUUCGUAUGUUGAGGUUCUAACCGAUAUUGGCGGCGAGGAAAGUUACGAAAUUGAACCGAUCGUGAAACCAGCUUUGCAGACCAUGCACUCACAUGCGUUGACAACCGGGUACGAUAAUUCGUUAAGUAAUGGAAGGAUUUCUCCUGGCAUUAUUCGAGAAACAAAAACGGUCCAAAAGACGGAAGUACUGCACGUGGACACCACCAACGAACCGAUCUCCUAUCGUGCCCUGUAUAACUACAAACCACAAAACUCCGACGAACUGGAACUGCUCGAGGGAGACGUCGUGUACGUGCUGGAGAAAUGUGAUGACGGAUGGUACGUGGGAACUUCGGCCCGGACGGGCUGCUUCGGUACCUUUCCGGGUAAUUACGUGAAAAAAUUAUGAGACCAACCGAAACCAGCCGGCCGAAAACCACCGCCUCCCCGUGCGAUAUCGGACUCGUCAACAACACGGCAGCACCGUCAGCAACAACAACAACAACAACUGCAACAACCGAGAAGACCCGGACCGGACACGACGAAUGCCGCCAAACGCAAGGUAGAAUUUCUGGGCGUUUUCUAAAACCGUCCAAAUGUUGCCUUACUACUUAGUGUGUAUGAAAAAAUUUUGUUGACGAACAAAGCCGGCAGCGCAUGUUUUCUUUCCGAGUACCAAAAAGUAAUUUUAGAACAAUGAAUGGCAUGCCGAGAUUUAGAAGAGAAAUAAAAAACCGCCAUUAUAUUGCCAAUCAGGGUGGGAAGUUCGGUGAUAGCAAAUCUAGAAACCAAAAAGAAACAAAUAAACAAACAAACAAAAACAACAAGAAAAGUAAUUGUUUGCUAGUCAUAAUCCUUCCAAAAACAAAUGUAAACAAACGGAGAUAAAGGGAAAACAUAUUUCAACUAAAACUGUCAUUCAACAAAAUAUACUACUUUAAGCGUUGCGUUACUUGAAAAGUAUACAAUUAGUUUACCUUAACCUAACAACAAUCAAGCGUAGAACAGAAACCCAAAACCGUACUAAAAGUAGGAAAAACGCGUUGAUUUUUAUUUGAUGAUUUUAUUUACCAAUUCAAAACAGAUAUUUCUUCAAUAUAGUCGUUUUUCGUGUUGCGUUUCAUAUUUUUAUUUACAAUAGCAAAACAAAAAUAAAAGGGGAAGUUAGAUUUACUUAAUUUAUCGUAGAAUUGAGAAACAUCACACGAAUCUUUUCAAUAUUGUACUAAACACAAUAACCGUCAAUCGAGAGCCUGUCGAAUGGCAGCUGUAACAUAUUUCAAUAAUCGAAACGUUCAGCUCUAAUCAAAUUAAAAUACCCGAGAGACAACAACAACAAAAAAGUAGUGCUUUUGACUAGAAUUUUAGACUGUACUGUGUAGACAUGUGCCUUUGAUUUUGGAUCGUUUUUUUUUUUCAUUUUUUGAAGUAAAACCAGCAAAUAUUCAGCUUCUGGAUGUUACUUCUGUCGGUGUCUUUUGAAGCUAACUAGAAGUUGUCAAUACACAUUCGAAAGUCGAUUUAACACGCCUCACUCGUAUACUAUCUAGCUACUAUUAAAAUAAAAGAUUUCAAGUUGAAGAUUGUACUAAACAACUAACUCGGCAAGUCAAACGUAAAUUGUGCCUCACUCGAUCACAAAAAAAAAUAUACAAAAAUAGAAACUUUUAUUAAUGAGGAAUAUGGUACUUCAAAUCAAUAGCCGAACGUUCCGUCCCCGGACGGUUGCGGUAAUCGGAUACAUUUUAAUAACUAUCCCACUAAGGAAAAGAUAAACUUACACAUAACCACUUCGUCACACACACACAUCGGUUUGCAAACUUGUAGAACUCAAAAAUACUUAACUACUGCAGGCACGUUUUUAGAGCAGAAUAGUUUCACGACCACAAACGUUUUACACAUUUUAUACACCAAAAUACACUACGUACUCAUCGUUUAGUUUUCGUAGGGAAAUGACCACACUUACAUGGUAAUAUGGUUCUGUUGAUGAAAUAAAAUAGCAACAAAAUGUUACAACCAAAA